AUGCGGCUACAGCAUAUUGACGCUAAUGUUAUGUACACAGUGAUGUGUUACUCGCAAGUAUUCAUUUGUGCUUCGCUGGCAGUCAUUAGCUGUCACAAGCGGAGAGCAGAAGUAUCCGAAAAGACGGAAGUCACUGCAAAGGGGGCUAGCAGCGCGUCAGAGAUUGUGGAAGUAACAGCAAAAUCAAAUCGUGCGGACUGGAAUAAUGCACAGGACACGCACCCAUCCGUGACGUCCGACAAAAGCAAAGAGACACAAAUUUCUAAACCAAAUUUGGGGAAAGCGACCAGUGAUCAGCAAGCAAGUAGUUCAGAACCUAAGAAAGCUGAAAUCAGUGCAGACGUCAAACUACCACCUGUCGGAUCUUCAGAUUCAGCACAUAAACAAGCAGAGACGCCUAAAGAUAGUGCUUUGAAAAAGGAUGACAUAAAAAGCAAAGAAGGAAAGAAACAUGUAUUUGUACUUGAAACAUUGAGUUUUCUGAAGACUGAACGAAAAGAUGCUGAUGAUAAGAAAGCGGAAGAUGAAACAGUCAACGACGCUCCUUCUCUGACUAAAAUCAACAUCUCCAAAGCAUCCGAAGAAAUGAUCUCAAUCCAGACUAAAAAGGAAACCCCAAAAGGUGCCCAAUUUCCAAAGCCAAAGGAAGGUUUUGAUGACUCGAAAUUGUACGCCUUGCAAAGGACGAUGGCCAGUCAUAGUGAUGGCACGUUAAAACAACUCGCUGUGAAGAAAACACCGUAUCCAAGCGCAGAGUUAUAGCUAGCUUACUUUACCAAUUAUUUUGAGCACAAUUACACAUGAGACAUGUCGAAU